AUGUUACCUUCUGUGCAAUCGGACAGGGCGUUGGAAAUCUCGCUCCUAAAGGCUGCAGGCAUCCCGUCUGGCGAUGACGUCGACUUCCACGGCUCAUCCUUCUUUCAGAAACACGAUUCCACCUCUUUGCCUUCACCAGAUGUGGUAAGAGAAGUUGCAAGUCACUCCAAGGAUCCCAAAGCAAGACUUCGAACUCGGCCUUUGCCCGUGUUUUUCCCAGAGCUAGGGGUAUGUGUGAAAUAUGGGACAGAAGUGACUAUUGCUGAAGGCCAAUGUCUCCUACUUAUACGCAGCAAACUUUCCCAGCAUGUACCUGUUCCUGAGGUCUAUAAAUGGUGCAAAGACGAUGGGCAGGUGUUUAUCUAUAUGGAGCUGAUGAACGGUGUUACUCUUGAGAAGAGCUGGGACGGUCUAGACGAAGGGGAUAGGUUGGCUGUAUGCGAGCAACUACGUUGUAUGAUCGCCGCGUGGCGUGGUCUUGGAUGCACAUCUGACUUGACUUUCAUUGGCCACAUCGGUCGGCAACCGCUACUUGACAUUAUCUUCGAAAGUACCUGCUCCCCAACUGCAGGUCCGUUUCUAAGCGUCUCUGAAUUUCACGAUUAUUUCACUUCUUCAUUCGGACCGCGUAAACACAAUCGUAAUAGGCCACCACAUCCAUACCGGCACUUCCUUCCAGACGAUGUGCCAAUUGCCUUUACACACGCGGAUUUGCACCCUAGCAAUAUUCUUGUGUCAACGGGAUCAACGCCUCGGAUUACUGCCAUUAUAGACUGGCACCAGUCUGGAUGGUACCCUGCGUAUUGGGAGUACUGCAAGGCUCGCUGGACUUCAGAAAUUGGAUCAGAAUGGGAGAUCAAAUACCUGCCUCUUAUUGUGGAUCCUCACGAGUGUUAUGAUUACUGGGAUUAUUUCGUUCUAGCUCAUGGAACAUGA